AUGGAUCCAGAACCUAUUCCUGGGCUCGAUGUCAUCAUACCGCUUGCUACUAUUUUCAGUGUUUUGGAUGCCACUUGUUUAAUUUACCUUCUUCUGAGGAUAUCGAUACGAUGGUGGACAUAUACGACUAUUCAUCGUUCUACGUUUCAAGAGGAAUCAUGUAAAAUUAUCGGUGGAAUAACAUUUUUCCUUUUUUCAUUUAAUGUGGCCCUUAAUGGAGUUUUAACUUUGACGACUUAUCUUCGAAUAUGUAGAGAAAUUGUUAUUGAUUUAGGAAUAUAUGAUUAUAAAUUAUUUUUGUCUGCUAUAUUAAUGUCAUUAACAUUAACCUUGAUCGGAAUUAAUAAUUAUGGACAGAAUCUAUUUUGGUGUUUUUUUAAUCCCACUGAUAAAAUAACGUCAUUCAUAACCAUUUCAUCGAUUAUCUUAAUAUUGUUAAUUACAAUAUAUUGUCAUAUUAUGACUUUAUUGGAUGUAUAUGUUAACAUUAAAAGAUAUGGCUCUAAAGUCAGUCGUGUUGAUAUUAUUGUUACAAGAAAAAUUACCUUUUAUGUUCUAAUCGUCAUUUUCGAAUGGUUUCCUGUUGUGGCUUUUUUAAUAUCCCAAAUAAAUCAUUCUGGCAGUAUAGCGAUUUACACUGCAGCGACACUUUCUGUAAGUUUUGGUGGAAUAGGAAAUACAAUCCUUUAUAUUAUAUAUGAAAAUUGGAAAAAUAAAUAUAGUCCAUCAACAUCUGACGAAUCUAAUGAUCUUAAUCAAAAUACAAAUGGAAGUGGUAAUAUUAGAAUAACUAAGAAAAUAGAGGUUGUAUCAACAGAUCAAACCAAUGAAAAUAGCAGCUUCGCUAAUGAAACCGGUAAUGAUAUCAAUUGA